AUGAGUAGUAGUGAUAUUUUAGAUGUUGAACAACGAUAAAAAGCAAAGCUAGAGCCUAUCAUAAAAGUAGAGAAGCACCAUAUUAGCAAGAGAGAAAUCGAGUUAGAUUAAGCAAAAAUGUUAAUACAUCAUCAAUUAAAUUUUCAUGGUGUUGAUAUUUUAUUUCCUUUUAAGCCAUACCAAAUUUAGGAGGACUAUAUGAGAAGUAUCGUUGAAGCUUUGAAUUCUAAAAGUAAUGCUUUACUGCAAUCUCCUACAGGCACAGGCAAGACUCUUUCUCUUUUAUGUGCCUGCUUAGGUUGGCUAAGAUAAAAAAGGGCUAGUUAAUAAAUUUAAAGCGAUGGAAUUGUAAAUAGAAUAUAUUUUUGCUCAAGAACUCAUUCUCAGCUUAAAUAAGUUAUGAAAGAGCUUAAGGCUACAGCGUAUAAACCUAAAGUAUGUAUCAUGGGUUCAAGGGAAUAGUACUGUUUGAAAAAAGAAUAUUCAAAUUUGAAAGAUUUAGAGCUAAAUGGAUCAUGCAAAGAUGCGAUCAAGAAGAAAACUUGCUAAUUUUAUAAUUACAGUGGUGAUGGAGGUAAAUAACAACCAAAAAUAUUAGACGAAGUCCUAGAUAUUGAAGAAUUGUAAGAAAGGGGGAGAUGCAAAAAAUUUUGUCCUUAUUAUUACUCAAGAGAAAUAAAAGAUGAUGCUGAUCUGAUCAUAUUACCGUAUAGUUUUCUCUUAAAGUAAAGCAGGUUUUAGGAAUUUUAAGUUAUUUUAAAAGAUUCUAUUAUAAUCUUUGAUGAAGCUCAUAACGUUCCUUCAGCUGCUGAAGAAGGAACAAGCUAUAAGGUAGAUUAAAAUUUAAUAGAAGAAUCAAAUAAAGAGCUAGAUUAUUUAGAAAAGAAUUUAACACCUAAUAUGAGAACAGAUACAUAUCAUAUAAAAGAAGCUAGAUAACUUAUAAAUGCUAUAGGAAAUUUGAUAAAAUAUUUUGAGAAAGAAGGUAAAAUAGAGAAAUUUAGAGAUGGAACUAAUGGCUUUGUUUGCAGUGUUAGCACUUUGUUUGAAAAAAUAGAAUAAAUUGGUGGAUAGUUACUAAAUUAUAGUAAUAACAAAAAGAAGAUAUCUUAUGAAAAAUAUAAAAAAACUUCAUUAAGUGGAACAUAAUUUUUUGAUUACAAAGACAUGCUCACUAAUAUUAAAAAACAAAGAGAUGAUCGUUCAAAACCCUAAUCUUCUUAAUAAUAACCUACCUUAUUUAACUUUAAUUUUAAGAAAAACGCCAUGUAAAGUAAUGAAUUAGUCUGUGAUAAAACCACUAGUGAUGAUUUAAAGGACACUGACUAAGAAGACAAUUAAGUUAAUGAUAAUCAAUUUUUGAGCUCUUUUGGCUAUAAAAGUAAUAAGUAGUCUGCAGAGCUUAGUAUGAAAAGAAUUGUUUAAAUUAGUAAAAAAUUGUCGAUGAUUAUAUAAGAUAUGCAGACUAUGAAAUGCUAAAAUAUAGAUUUCUUCGCAGGCUUUAUUGUUGGAAUAUGUGAUAUGUAUGAAUAAGAAUAAUUGUUUUUGAAAGGAAAAACUAUUAAAAAGUUAUCUGAUUAUUACAAAUUUUAUUUUCAUAAAAGUUCAACUAAAUAUGAAUAAUCAAGUAUUAAUCUAUGGUGUCUUGAUCCAUCUGUUGCUUUUUAAAAUAUAUUGAAUGAAGGUCCCUAUUCGAUAAUGCUAACUUCAGGUACUCUACAUCCUAUGAACUCAUGGGAAAGCGAACUGAAUAUAAAGUUUGAUGUCAAACUAGCUACUUCGCAUAUUAUAAACAUCUAAAAAAGUGUAGUGGGAGGAGUUGUAAAAAAUGGACCCAACAAGAUGGAGAUGAAUUUUUCAUUUAACAAUAGACAAAACGGAAUAAAAAUUUAUGAAGAAUUGGGAUAGUUUCUAAUUUAGUUAUGCAACAUAGUACCUAAUGGAAUUCUUGUCUGCUUUAGCUCUGGUUCAUUGAUGUAAUUAGCAAGAGAUUCUUGGUUAGAAUCAUAACUUAACAUAAUUUAGAGAUUAAAUGCAAUAAAAGAUGUUUUCUUUGAGCCAAGAUCAAAUGUGGAACUCUCAUCAACUAUGAAAUCAUAUUGUAAUGCUGCUGAAAGAGAUGAUAGAGGAGCUAUUAUGUUUUGUGUUUGCAGAGGUAAAAUUUCUGAAGGUAUAGACUUCACAGACAAACUAGCAAGGUCUGUAGUGGUAGUAGGUGUUCCUUUCCCUCCAGCAGCCGAUACCUGGGUUGUAACUAAAAUGGAUUAUUUAGAUAAAAAGUAAUCUAAAGAAAAUACCGAUAUUGAAUUAAAGACUUUAAAUGGGAAGGAAUGGUAUUUUUUGUGUACAGUUAGAGCUUUGAAUCAGGCCAUAGGCAGAGUAAUAAGGCAUAAGGAUGAUUAUGGAAGUGUUUAUUUAUGCGAUAAUCGUUUUACAUAAAAUUAAUUUUAAGAUUAAAUUUCAGGAUGGGUUCGUCCUGCUUUAAAAAAUUACUCAACUUUUGAAUACUUGCUGAAUGAUUGUUAAAAUUUUUUUAAUUCUAAGAAUUAAAGUGUAACAACUUUUGAUGAAAUUCUUAAGCUAGGAAAUAACAAAAAGAGCAAUGUUUAAUCUGUUAGAGAAAUUGCAUAAAAAGAAUUAGCUGAAGGUAAGCUUUCGUGUCUCACUUAGGAAAAGAGUAUCACCUAAAAUGCGGAUAGUAAACGUAAGGUAUAUGGAUCAUUUAAAUAGAUUCUUAUGGAAAAAGAAAAAAAAAAUUAGCAAAGUCCUUUAAAUAAUGUUGCCUCACCAAACAAUUUUAAUAAUUUCUCUAUUAGUCCUAAUAAAUUUUAAUAAUAAUAAUAAUAAAGUGGAGAUAACCAAUUUACUAAUAUAUUCUUGGAAAAUUAAAAGAAAUUGAUGUCUCAAUCGAAUAGUAGUAAUCAAGGAAAAAUUUAGCAGUCAAUACCACAAAAUAUAUCAACAAAAAACAUAUUUUAGUUAAUUUAAGAAUGUGAGUCAAGCAAUAGCAAUCCAUUUUUAUACGAAUAGCCAAGCAAAAAUGAUUCUUUUUAUAAAACUACAUAAGAUCACGAAAAAAUGAGAUCGGAUUUAUAAACUUUUUAGUAAGCAUUUAGCAAUAAUUAAUAAAAAAAUAGUACACUAAAAGAUAUAGAAACAAGUUAAAUGGAAAUAGAAAAUUAACCAAUUAAGCCAAAUGAUGCAAGGAUUAAUAUUAAAUUUGAAGAUUCAAUGACUAAUUAGUCAUAAUAUUAAGAUUAAGACACUUCAUUUUCCAUUAAUUCUAAGAAAGGUGGCAUGUUUGAAUAAAUUAGAUAAAAAAGGAGAAUUAUUAUUAACGAAUCUCAAGAACCAGUAGUUUUUUAAAAAUCUCCAAUGAGCGUAGAAAAAAACAUUGUGUGCAAUAGCUAAUCAUAAUAAGAUUUACAAUAGCCUAGAAUUUUAAGAUUAAAAUCAAGCUCAAUACCCAAAGAACCUUCAUUUAUUAUGAACUAAAAAGAUAGAGCAUUAAGUUAAUAGUCUUUAAUUACUCUUAACAAACCUCUCAUAAUGAAAGGAGAUAGAGAUGAAAUGAUAAAUCUUUUUAGAAAUGGAUCAGAUGAUGAAUCUUCUAAUAGUUUUGAAAUUAUGCGUCCUUAGAAUGAUAGAGGAUCCUUAAAUAUAAAAUCUGUAGAAAGCAAAGAAAGUUCUUUGAACUUUUUAAAUGAUAUAUUCAAAAAGCACCAAGCAUUACUUAUCAAUGAAAAUUAAAAUAUUAGAGAAUCAUCUUUAGAUCAAAAAGUAACUUUAAGCCUAUAAAAAAGUAAAGAGAGUUCUUCUCCUUAAAGUGAAAACUUGAUUGAAAGUAGCUUAAGAAAAAGAAAAAAAUCUUUAAAACUCACUCCAUCUACAAAAGAAGAAGGAAUGAGCUAACAAAAGUCAUUUAUAGAAAUAAUUAAUUCAAGAAACUCUACAGGUUCUAUAAAAAGCAUCAGUCCUAUUUCAAAACUGUAGCAAUACAACUAAAACGAUAACUAAUAGGACGAUAAGGUAACUACUAAUUAAAUAGUUAUCUCACCUUCUGAGUAAAAGCUGAAUGUUAAGCCUAAUCAAAAAAUAAUGCUGCAAAAUUCUGCAAGAGGAUUAGCAAGCUUUGAUGGGGAUGUAAUUAAAUACUAAAGAAAGUAAAAUAAGGAUGAAGAAACUCCAAUAAAAUCUGCUUCAAAAGAAUAAGAUAAUUUAUGUCCUAUUUGCUAUGAAGUACCUAAAAACAAUCAUAAAAGCACUGCUUGCUAACACUAUGCCUGUUAUUCAUGCUGGUAAACAUGGCUAGCUGAGUAAUUAACAUGCCCGAUGUGCAGAGUGAGAUGCAGAGUGGCAUAUUUAGAACCUUUUUCAUUAAACUGA